GCCCACGGGUCUUGUUUUCAUUCACCGCCGGAUUGUCACGAGAUGCGCACCCUAGAUUAGGCCUACCUGACAUAGAAUAUCAUAACUUAUUGAUAACAAUGGCUACUGGUAAAAUUUCGGUGAUUGAAAGUUCUGAUGAUGAAGAAUCCGACCAAGUAGAAACUGCUUUGAAAGAUAAGGAAAUUAAAACAAUACCUACAGUCCAAGGACAGGGAACGAAGCCAUGGAGAAAUACCAAUUCUUCCAUGAAGAAAACGUUUAAAGAGUUAGAAGCAAAACAGCUGCAGAUGUUUUUCAAACAAGACUUAAAAGACAACAAAGUGGAUAUUAACAUAUGCUCCCAAACAAACCACGUGACAUUGUCAUGUAGUAGUGCACCGUUAUUAGCUACCAAGAAACAAAGGCUAGAGGAGCUGUUGAAGAGUUUGAAGUAUGAAGAUAUUACACUUGAUUCUGCAGUUGGAGUGCCUAUUGAAAAUAUCAUCAAAAUAAAUUCCCUCAACAUUUUAUUAUGUGAGGAUUCAAGUAAUACUAGGAAGCUCAGAAUAUGUUACAAAGACCAGUCUGAGCUUCAAAAAUUUCAGAAUCUGUUAAAAAAUAGGACAAUCACAUUGGGGAAAGACGAAAAGAUAGGAAUUAAUAGGCGGAGUAGGAAAUUUGAUGAUACAGCAGCUGCGUCGAAUUCUUCCAUCUCGAAUUCGGACAGAAAUAAGAUGGAUAUGGAAACGUCUCAAAAUAAAUUACACUGGCAGUCAACUAAAUCUACAGCUUCUUUGACGUCAGCCUCAGGUGAUAUGGACAAUUAUAGUUCGGCUCCCUCGUCUUAUUUAGGAGACAACAUCCACGUAAAACAAACCAUCACCCAAAACGGGGUUUUUACCAAAAUAUAUGAAGGUUCCAUCAUUAGGGCCAAUGUUGAUGCCAUUGUCAAUGCUGCCAAUGAUCGUCUGAAUAACUGUGGAGGGGUCGCUGAAGUUAUUUCGAAAGCUGCAGGCUAUGAAAUGGAAAAAGAGUGUAAAGAAAAACUGGGAGGUUGGUCUAAGAUAAUGGUGUCAGAUAACAUCGUCACUAAAGCCGGCAAAUUGCCAUGCCGGUGGAUAAUCCAUGCUGUUGGACCUCGUUGGGGUGACUAUAGAGAUAAAGAAACAGCCUUAAUGGACCUGUACAAAACUGUGUUCAAUAUCCUGCAGACCGCCUGUGACCGUAAGAUGAAAUCCGUUGUUAUGCCACCAAUAAGCUCUGGAAUUUUUGGGGUUCCUAAACAAGCUUGUGCUGCAAUGUACGUAAAAGCUCUACUGGAUUUCUCGGAGAAAGGUGCUGACAACAAAGUGAAAGAGUUUCACAUUGUAGAUAACAAGGCUGACAUGCUGGAUUUGAUAUGCAAGGAAUAUAAUGAUGGUUAUAAAGAGGGAAGAAAAUAUUUAGAGCCGAGAAAAGUUCUGGAACGUCUAGGGGAAACAAGCUAUUCAUGGAAAAACGCAUCUUACUCCAACAGUCAUAUGGCUAACAGUACACCAAGAGGCGCGAAUGUGUCUGGAAAUAACCAUCGAACUGUUUCCAGUAAUGCCCAGAGUGGACAGAACAGUUCUACGUGUGUGCUGAGAGAGAGUACCGGAAGUUGCGAUGAAUAUAUGGCUGGCAAAAAUUUAAAAGUUCUUAUUUAUCAGGGAAAUAUCAUUGACGUAAAAAAUGUCAGCGUACUUGUGUGUGCUGAAGGACGAGAUGUGUGGGGUCAAGGAUACCUUUCUAAGCAGAUCAUGGAAAAAGCCACCAAAAGACAACAAAGUGAAAUUAAUAAGCUUUUCAAGGGAGCAAAGCACCACUCUUUUUCAGAAAUUCUACAGCUCAGCACUGGGUUUCAUCACUACAAACUGGUUUUUUAUGCUAUCAUAAAAAAGUUUCCAGACACAAAACCACAGUUCCAAAGUAAAGAAUUGCUGCAGAAUACCAUUUCAAACAUCUUGACAAAGGCCAAUACGAAGAAAAAGAAAAAGAAAAAUCAAAGGAUAUCAAUUGCUAUGCCUCUGCUUGGUACAGGUAGCAUACAGAAUUCUGAAUAUCUGCAACAAUACGCUGAUGUUGUGUGCGAAUGCAUAUUAGAUUUUUCGAAGACAAUCGCACCGGAUUCUAGGCUUCAGGAAAUACAUUUGGUGAAUCAUCAAACCUCCUCUACCAAAGCCUUAAAAACAGCUUUCUCUGCAAUGCGGGAUGCUAGAUCUGGCUCAUUGCCAAGCCAACAGGUUAUGAAAAGAUUUCCAGGCAAAGAUUUCAGAAGAACGGAGUUUGAUCCAAGAAAAUACAAAUUUGAAGAGACCUGGAAAGUGCAGAAGCAACAUAAAUUUAAUUUUGAAGAUUUUAUUGAAAUAUGCUACAAAAGACCAUCAAAUAAAGGACAACACGCAGCGAAGCAGGUGGAAACAGAUACAAAUAAAAACAGCAUAUCUCAAGGUAAUAUAAAAUUCAUCGAAUCAUCAUCAGAUGAAGAAGAUGUUACUGAGACAAAAGAGAGAUUAUCACAAAAUCAACCCGCUGCAGAUGCGAUGAUAAAUGACGAUUCCGAUUACGAUAAUGAAGACUCGAGUGAGGAUGAAAAUAUAAUCUGUGUUGUUUGUAUGGAUGAGGAGAUGGAGGAUCCGGUGAUACUGAAGACGUGUCGUCAUCAGUUCUGCCGGGAUUGCAUCAAAGAUUACUUCUCACACAAGCCUGUCUGUCCUGUCUGUAACACCGUGUACGGGACUAUGUUUGGUAAUCAACCUAAGGAUGGAACAGCCACGGUAUACAGAGAUACGACCUCACUACCCGGGUUUUCCUGUUCCACGAUCAUCAUCGAUUACCAAAUUCCAAAUGGCGUCCAAACAGAAGAGCAUCCUAAUCCCGGAGAAUCUUUUACUGGAGUUUCCCGUCAGGCUUACCUUCCGGAUAAUGAAGAUGGCAGAAUGGUCCUGGAAUUGCUGAAGCACGCUUUUGAGCACCGUCUGACCUUCACGGUUGGGUUCUCUCGAACUUCCGGAAAAGACAAUGUUGUCACGUGGAACGAUAUUCAUCACAAGACCAGGAGAGAUGGGGGACCGGAAAAAUAUGGAUAUCCUGAUCCAGAGUAUAUUGAACGAUUAAAGGAAGAAUUGGCAGCAAAGGGGAUUUCAUAAACCUAAUCUCCUACGUGCAGAUCAUUCAGUUUGCGAGACCAAAUUACAAAUUGACUCCAACUACAUACUACCUGCGUUUUUGAUGGUUUAGUUCAUGAGUUAAGAACUUUGACAUGAAUAAGUGUCUUGGACGAAAUUAAUCAAGGCUUCGCAUCAAAUAUGUAGUAAUUACUUUAUCCAACUGUCGGGCAACACUUUUAUGACGCGAUAUAUCCAGUAGUUUAUAACUACAAGUAGACUUCAGAGCAACUGUGUGUAUGGGGAAAAUAUCAGAGGAAAUAUAUUUUUAAGAUAAGGUCAAGGUCAAAAAUACUAGGCAUUGUGUUUGGAAUUGUGUGGUGCGAUAACGUACUUUUCAGGCAUCAGUAUAUCUAUAGGUGUAAAAGGUCAAUGUCGCAUCCAAAAAUGGAACGCGUAAAAUGUCUUUUAAAACUUUUUUUUCUAUUCCAUUGGAUUUAAUGUAAUGUCAGCUCUAAAUCUGAAAAUUGUAUUUUGUAAAAAUAUGCUAUUAUGAUAGUUUUGUAUACAGUGUAUAACUUAAUCGAUAGUCAUUGAUAAAAUUAAAACUAAGUUCAAGAUUUUAUCAAAAUAAAGAUUUCUGUUCUAUUGAAAAUAUUGCAUUAUAUAGAAAUAUAUAGUAAAUCACAAUUUUGCAACAAAAAUUUCCAACAUAUACAUUAUAACUCCGUUUACCUGAUCAGGAUAUAGGGCUCACGGCGGAUGUGACCGGUCGACAGGGGAUGCUUACUCCUCUUAGGCAACUGAUCCCACAUCUGGUGUGUGCAAUUGUCCGUGUUUGCCCAACUAUGUAUAUUGUAUUGCUUAUAAGGGUUAUGAGAUCGAUAACUGUUCGUUAUCUUCACCUUAUAUAUAUAUAUAUAUAUAUAUAUAUAUAUAAUGGAUGAAAAACUAUAUAUUAAAACGUUUAGGUUCUUUUUCGAUAAUGAUUGAAAAAUACAUCAGUAUUGCAGUGUUUAAAAAUUGGGGGUUAAAAGGAACUAGUUCACAAUUUUUUAAGAAGAAAAAAAAUCAGUUUUGAUGUUAAACAUUAGAAAUAUGACUCAAAGGUGAAAUGUUGAUCUGUAAUAUGAAGCAUCUUAAUUUUGCACAGUCACAAAUUAAACUUUUAGAUGACAUAUUUUACCAAAAGAAUACUUGAAAUCUGAUAUAUAUAUACGUGUAAUAAACUUGGAGCGAUAUCCAUUUCUAUUAAAAAUUUCCUAAACAAUAACCUUUUUUUGUUUAUAAAAUAAAUAACAUACUCUCUACAAUGAGCUUGUGUCAUAAUGUAUAAUCUUAAUUUUUUGUGAAAACUUUUCAACUCGUUAAACAGUAGAUUUUUAUCAUUAAAAGUGGAAAGCAAUUUUUUUGGGAAACCAAUACGCCGGUUUCGAGAUACACCCGAGUUAUUUCCCUUUGGAGAACUCUCGUGGAUAGUGGGGCGCGAAACAAUUUGUUUACACGCGGGAGUGGGACUAAUAUUCAUCACAUCGUAAGUGAAUGUACUGAGUAAGGUUCUCAUACACUGUUAGAUCACCCGAAUUCGACUGAUACACAAACUAAGUAAGUUAUAAGUAUUUAGGGAGUAAUUAAAUACAUAGAAUUCUUAUCAUAUCACGUUAUUUCGUUGGUCAUAAGUACCAUAUCAAAGACAUUACUUGCAAAUAUGACAUUGUUUUUAUGUUUCCACUUUAGUAAAACAUUUCCUUUGAUAGUAUUUUGUGUAUUUCCCACAUUUACAUAUUAAAAGAGAAGCCGCUUUUAAUACAUUUCAUCGUCUUUCUCGCUGACUGUGGGUCCACUCUGUCCCACUUAGUCAUUCAAAGUUCCACUAAAUGCACCUUCUACACAGAAGAGUUCGUAUCUCGAAACUGGCGUAUUAGAUGUAUUCCUUCAAGUAUAUGUUCAUUGUAAAACACUAUUGUGUACAGUCUGGGUGUAUGUAAAAUGGAUAGAGCAUAUACGGGUAUAGAAAUAUUGGUUUGAUACAUCAUAGAUCAAUACAUGUAAAACGGAUAUUUAUCGAACUACCACAAGUAUUUUCAUUCAUUUUUGAGUACUUUCGGUACUUUCAUUGUAACGUGCAUGAUAUUUCAAAGUCUGAAUUUGUAAUCCUAUUGCUAUGGCUUGUCUUCGGAAAACACUUUUAUACCAUGAUACUAAGGCAACCAUUUAUAUCAUUAUCUCGACGUUCCAUUGUUAAAAGUGCAUUUAUUAGAAAAACAAUGAGAUCUCGGAUUUUUCAAACGUAGUCGCCUUAUAACCCAAGUCCUAAAUAGAUAGAAAUAUAUGAGCUUCAUUCAGGUGACCUAUUGCUAUCUGUUUUUGUCCGUCGUCGUUCGUCGUGCGACGUGCGUCGUGCGUUAACAUUUGAACAUUUUCAGCUUCUUCUCUGAAACCCCUGAACCAAUUUCAACCAAUUUUGGCAUAUAGCAUCUGUGGGUGGAGGGGAACAAAAAUUGUGAAAUUCGUGGUCCCUGCCCCCUGGGGCCUGAGGGGUGGGGCAAAAACCAUCAAAAUGAGUGUAAUUUUAAAAAAUCUUCUUUACUCCUGGACAUCAAGAAGCCAAACUGUGGGCAUAAUUAUAAUGAGCGUUGAGCCCUCUACCAAAAUUGUGAAAUUCAUGGCCCCUGGGGCAGGGGUUCUUGUGUUAGGGUGGGGCUCUAUUGGUCAUAUAGUGAAAAUGUAGAAAUUCUUUGAAAAUCUUCUUCUCUGUCUCUGGGUAUUAAGUAGACAAAUUAAUAGCAUGGUAAUGAUGAGCAAGGAUGCCUCUUUAUAACCCCCACAACAAGUUGUGGGAGGGUAUACUGGAAUCGGGCUGUCCGUCCGUCCGUCCGUCUGUAGACGCAAUGGUUUCCGGGCUCUAAAGCAUUAUCCUUUCCACCUACCGUCACCAUAUCAUGUAUAUGGACUACCCAUGGGAUGAAGAUGUUCCCUAUCGAUUUUGGGGUCCAAAGGUCAAGCACACUGGACAUUGAAGUAGCAAUAUGGUUUCCAGGCUCUAAAGCGUUAUCCUUUCCACCUACAGUCACCAUAUCAUACAUAUGGACUACCCAUGGGAUGAAGAUGUUCCCUAUCGAUUUUGGGGUCAAACGUCAUGCGCACUGGACAUCGAAGUAGCAACACUCAGAAAAGAGGUAGUUUAUACCUAUUACCAACACCCUUUGGGAGAUUGGGUUAAGCGGGGGGUAUUCUUAGUGAGCAUUGCUCACAGUACCUCUUGUUAAAAAUUGUGAAAUUCAUGGCCCCUGGAUCAGGGGUUCUGGUGCUGGGGUGGGACUCUAUAAGUCAUAUAGUGAAAAUGCAUUAUUUCUUUGAAAAUCUUCUCUGUCCUUGGGUAUUAAGUAGACAAACCAAUAGCAUGGUUAUGAUGAGCAAGGAUGCCUCUUUCAAAAUAUAGAAAUUCAUGGCCCCUGGGUCAGGGGUUCUGGUAUUAGGGUGGGACCCUAUUGAUUAUAUAGUGAAAAUGCAUUUUAUUUCUUUGAAAAUCUUCUCCUCUGCUGCUGGAUAUUAAGUAGACAAACUAAUAGUAUGAUAAUGAUGAUCAAGGAUGCUUCUUUCAAAACUGAAAUUUAUGGCCCCUGGGUGCAAAGGCGGGGAUGACCACAUAGCUAUUCAAUGUUUCUUCCAUUUUUAUAUUUAAACACAAACCUAAUUCAAAUAUUGGAAGGUUGUUACAUGAUACUCAGGUGACCUAUAAGGCCCCUGGGCCUCUUGUGUUAUUUAUACGAAUUAUGAUUAGUACCAAAAUGUUCGAAUGUAUUGUAAUAAAACUAAGGAUAUAUGUA